AUGGAGAAACAGGUCUUAAGUCAUCUAUUAAUUGUCUAUACUGUUCUGAAGAACUUCUUGGUAUGUUUUGGAUUUAUUGGAAGGGUUGUGGGUACUAGCGGGGGCAAGAUUAAAUGGCAAAGAAGGAAGUAUGAUAUGGAUUCAGACGAUUCCAUGAAUCCAUAUCGUCACUCUAGCUAUAUGAAUCUGUUACAAAGUCAACAAGAAACCCAUAACCUCGAAUACACUCCUUAUGAGAGUCCAUGUUCUGACGCUCCAUCUGAAGCUGCAUCUCCACAACAAAACCGCAGAUCAAGGCAUACAUGGUUACCAACAGAUGAUGUGAUGCUUGUCAGCGCUUGGCUAAACACGAGCAAGGAUCCAAUUACUUCAAAUCAGCAACGACAAAGAGCCUUUUGGGGAAGGAUUGCGGAUUACUUUGCUACUUGUCCGAAUGCUGCAGGUCGGCCAAAGAGAGAGGCUAGUCAUUGUAAGCAGCGGUGGGGGAAGAUAAACGACUUGGUGUGCAAGUUCGCUGGUUGUUAUGAGGCUGCGACAAGGGAGAGGUCUAGUGGCCAGAACGAAGAUGAUCAUGCUUGGCGAGAGCUAAUAUAUGAUCAGAAAUGGUGUGCGUCCACAUCUACUAAAGGUACUGGAGUGAAAAGGGGAAGGGUGUGUGGGGAUGGGUCUGCACAGGAUGCCCAACCGGUGAUUGAUGUCGAUAAUGAACCAAUGGUCCGACCUCCUGGUGUUAAGGCUGCCAAGGCUGCAAAGGGGAAGUCCAAAAAGAGCUCUAAUACACAACCGGAUGUGGAGGCAGAUGGAAAAGCUUUCUUGGAGUUUCAGUUGGAGAAAAUAGAGAGGAUGUAUGAGAUGAAGCAGAAGGAUUUUGCCUUGAAAGAGAAGGAGUUCGCUAUGAAGAAGGAGCAUAUGAAGCAUGUGAUGCUUGAAAAUCUGAUUGCUAAAAAGGAUUCACUAACUGAAUCCGAAAAAGCUCUUAAGGACAAGCUAAUUGAUGACAUGAUGUCAUUAGGUUGA